UCAACCGCCAACCAUUUCACCUCGCGUUAUUAGCUUUGUUAUAUCAGUGAAAAUUCGAAAUUCCUGGUGGCAUUGCACUGAGUAAUAAGCAAAACAGAGCUACUAUGGCACUGGCGCCUUGGCGGUGUAGGAAACUAACGUACAUCAUAAUUGCGAUUAUUAUUACCACAGAGGUGUCUGUUUGCGGAAGUCAAAAAAUGCAAAGUGUCAAUCAAGCGCUCGGAAUUAGAUUUUUCGAACAAUUUCAUGUAUUUACAAAAUCGAAUAAUGUGAGUUUAGAGUGCUCAGCAGAUCUAAAAAUUGUGGGAGUCGCGCUGAAAGACAAUGAAAAUUGGGCACAGAGAAUGCUUGAUGCCUGGGGAAAAUUUCCUUCUGGUAUACUAUAUGGUCAUCGUAUGGAGAUGGGAAAUUUCGAUGAAUGCCUCGAUAUAAGCUCACCAUUGUUGGGUAAAUAUUGUCAGGCCAAUAUUCCCCUCGAAUCGAUUGGUUUUGGUUUUAAUGCUGAAAUACAAUUAGGCAUAUGUUUCCCAAACAAAUGUAGUACAGAUGAAUUUGAUAAGCUUUUGAAAGAGUUUUUAUCAGAUUCAUAUAAAUUAAGUUUCAAUACAACAACCAACUUGGUGAUCGCAUCCACCUGUUCAACGCGCGAAAAUGUUGAACUUGAAACUCUCGAUUGGGUUGCAAUUACAGUUUUCAUUACCUUGGCACUUCUGAUGGCGCUGAGUACUAUCUUUGACUACCUUUACAGUUACAAAAGAAAACAACCCAGCAAGUUAUUAGUUUCUUUUUCCAUCCCUAAAAAUCUGCAACAAUUACUAAAGAUUCAGCACGGACACAUACCCUGUCUUCAUGGCAUACGAUGUCUUUCAUUGUUUUGGAUUAUAUUCUUGCAUUGUUACCUGUAUCGCAUACUGUCGCCAAAUAUUAAUUCAGUCGUUAUAAAAAGUUGGGAACAAACGCCAUUUUCGAUGAUUGAACAGAGCGGCUCAAUUGUUGUGGACUCAUUUUUCUUUCUUAGUGGACUAUUACUGAUUAUGGGCUCCUUUAGAGAAAUGCAAAAAAAUCAUGGAAAACUCAAUGUACCAAUGAUGUAUAUUCACCGUUAUUUGCGCCUUACUCCGAUUCUUGCUGUAGCCAUUUUAUUUUACAUGUCUUUAUUUAAUUAUAUGGACGAUGGACCCAUUUGGAAGAGCCUUAGUGUUGCAAAUAAAAUAUGUGACAAUACUUGGUGGGCCACGUUAUUAUAUGUACAAAAUUAUGUAGCGGCUGGCAAAAUGUGCCUUGGACAUAGCUGGUAUUUGGCUGUUGAUACUCAAUUAUUUUUUUUAUCGCCUAUAUUUUUAAUUCUCAUUUGGAAAUGGAGGAAAUUGGGUAUAUGGAUAACAAUAAUUUUUGGUUUAUUGCUCGUUGCUUGUUUAUUUGCGAUUAUUGUGAUAAAUAAAUACACAAUUUAUGACAUUGCACGCAACUAUGGCACCGCAAGUGAGGCAAUGCCUAAAAUAUACUACUCAACACACACCAGAUGCUCAGCAUGGUUGAUCGGUCUGAUAUUUGGCUGCUAUUUACAUUACAAUAAUGGACGCAUUGCUAAAAUAUCAACUUGGUGGGUCGGCAUUGGUUGGGUUAUAUCGCUCUGCACGCUCUUCACAUUGGUAUUUGCUUGGUAUCCAAAUACACUGCCCACCCGAAACGAUCCCGGCGUACUGGAAAGUGCUUUUUAUUUUGCUGGUGGGCGCGUAGCGUGGCCUUUAGCGUUAUGCUGGGUAGUAUAUGCCUGUAUAAAUGGCUAUGGUGGUCCGAUAAAUAGUUUUCUUUCCUGGACUUUGUGGCAACCUAUUUCGAAGCUUUCGUAUACUAUGUACAUUUGGCAUUUGAUUGUGAUUACUGUCAAUGCGUCACGCAUUAAAACCAAUACAUACUUUUCUGAUUAUGAUGUGGCUUUGAGCUUUUGGAGUAAUUUUGGUGUAACACUACUUGUAUCUGUUUGCGUUUAUUUGGCUGUUGAGGCCCCGGUGGCCGAUAUAGAAAGUUAUUUACUACCACGAAACAGGACAACGCCUGCGAAACGAUCCUCAUUGCCCACUGUAACCACUGUAUCUCAACAAAAUUUAUGUGAAUAAUAUUCGAGAUAGAUGUAAAAAUUUGUAAAAUACUAUAAUUGUUAAUUCUAUGAUGUAUCCAUAUAUACAUAUGUAUAAGUGCAAUUUCUGUUACUAUAAAGUAUAGUAGAGUAAUGAAUAAUCAACAGUUCUGAUUUCAAUCAAAUUA